AUGCCCAAGCCCAAGGGAGGCAAGUCGUCGGCCUCGGCGGGCACACGCAAAAAGCAUGCCGCCCGCAAGGCCGCCCAGGACGAUGACGAAACCCAGCCUCAGCAACAACAGAGGAAACAGCAAGGCAAAGGUGCCGGAGGCAAGAAGUUGUCAAAGGCCCAACGCAAAGCCUUGCCAAAGAUCAAGCAAUAUAUCCCCCCUCCCAAGCCGCCUGCACCCCCCAUUCCCGACCCGCUCGACAGCCAGGGCCUUGCGCGCACCCUCCCUGCCGACCUUGUCGUCGUUCUCCGCCGCCUGGGCAAGAAGGACGAUGUCACACGCCGCAAGGGUCUCGACGAGCUGCGCGACAACUGGGUAGCUGUCAUCACUGCCUCACCAGGAAACGAAGCGCAGGAGAUUGAGCGCGAAAUUGCCGAGCACGCAGUGAUUGCUGCCAUUCCCGUCUGGCUUCACAACCUCGCGAGCCUGCUUCAAUCCCCCUUCCAUCGCUCGCAGGCACUUCAGCUCCACGGCGAGCUCCUCGGUGUGCCCAGUAUCCGCGGCGUCAUUCUGGAUGGUCUUGCACUCGGAUACCUUCCCGGCACGCACGACAGGGACAUUAUUGGUUCUUGGCUGGUGGCCGCGCUCGAGGAAGGUAGGAGAGCUGGCGGCGCGGCUCUCAAGGUCUGGGACGCGAUUGUUCGAUUCGGCCCGGCUCCGAACAUUGAGGGUGAGGAGAAUGCCUACGCCAGCCAGCUCGACCUCAUCCCACACCUCCCCGCACUGGCCGAGUAUCUCUCGCUCAGUACACUUGACCCCGCCACGCUUCACCGCGACAUCCAUCCAGCUCCCGUCCAGUUUGCAUUCGCAGCGCCAGCGACCAAGGGCAAGGACGCCAAGGGCGGCAAGGGAGCAAAGGGCCGGCCAACGCCGGUUCCGACGCCGACGCCUCCACCAGCCGACGAGGACGACGAGCUCACGGAGGAGCGAUGGGCACGAUACCGUGUCGGCGGCCUUGUGGGCCUUGCGUGGCUUGUGCAGCAGCUCCCGGCCAACUCGGUACCACUGUACGAGGAGCUUUCUGCCUUGCUCGAAAACCCUGUGCUCUGGAGCGCCAUCGGCACCACAUCACACCUCCCCGACGUCCAACCCAUCGGACAGCAACCACCAAUCCGCCGUGCCGCAUAUCUCCUGCUCGCGGCGUUUGUCGACGCGUACCCUGCCGAGGUCGAGAAGCCCGACAUGCUGCAGCUCAUCUCGGCCACCGUACUUGGCAACUGCUGGGCCGAGCACGAGGCUGCAGUCUGGGAGGCUGCUGGUCCCGCCGUCGUCAAGUUCCUUACCAAGUUCCGCCAGUCGUGGCUGCUUGCUGAGACUACGAGCGAUGAUGGCGAUGACGAGGGUGACGACGACGACGACGAUGACGAGGACGAUGACGAUACCGAGCCACCUAGUCGCGACGAAGCGGCCAGCGGUGCUGCCACUCCUACUGUCGCGGCACUGCCAUCCUCAAAGGCCUUUGACGCCUUCCUCGACUUCAUUUCGACCAUUAGCCCCUCGGUCCCCCACCUCACCUACCCGCUCCUUGUUGUCGUCAUCUCGACCCUCCCGCCUACUCUCCUUCCCCUCUCCUCACCACCUUCCUUGCCAUUGCAAAACCUGUUCUCCCACAUGUGGUCGCCCGUCGAUGCGCGUCUCCUUGCCACUCAUUCGCUCGGCAGCCAGCCUUCUGCGUUCCAGGCAUUCCUCCAGGCGGCCCUCGAAUCGACCGCUUUCCUUGUUGAGAAGGCCCAGAACACCGGCGAGGCCGAGACAGCCGCUUGGCUGGUGAAGGAGCAGCUGGGCUCCCGUGUCUGGGGCGAGGGUGUCGCUCUUAUGGGCGCAAAGGGCGGUCGCCGCGGUGCCACCCCCGUUGAGACCGAGGCCAAGAUGUGCACCAAGCCCGUGGAGAAGCUUGUUGCGCUCUCGACCUCGCUCGCGGACCUCUUCAUGGUCGAGGUGGAGCGCACGACUCUUGCGGCUUGUUUCAACGACAAGUCGACUUUCCUCGCUCGUGCUCUCAACGCCCUCACCGCGCUGCGCAAGGCGUCCCCUCACAUCGAUGCCGCUGUGGACGCCACAAUUCUCAAGAUCGCCGAGGGCUGCACUGAGCGCCUGUUCCAGCUUGUCGCAGACCAUACAGCCGGUGCUGCCACUCACGCUGAUGCUUUGGUCGGCAUCCUCCGCGCACGCCCCGACCUCUUCCCUCCCCAGCGCAUCGAGGUGCUCUCGCAGGGCUUGCAGGCGCAUAUUCCCGAGCUUAUCGCAUUCACGCCAACUACCGUUGCCGCGCUGUUUGACGCUACAGCUGCUCUUGCAAGCGAGGCCGACAAGGAGGCUCUCCUUGCUAGUCUCUGGGCGUUCCUCGAGUCCGACUCGGUAGAGCAGGUUGCUCGCUUUGCCCUCACCCAGGGUAUUCUCGAAGACUCGACUGUUCUUGUCGGCAACGGCCGUCUUGACACCAUUGCCACCGAGGCCACGCGUGCAGCUCUCACAACGCACGACGCUACGGCCCUUGGCAUCGCCUCUGCCGCGGUCAUUGGUGGCAGCCGUCUCUCGGACUCGGCACGCGCGGGUAUCCUAUCGUCUGUCAGCGCCGUCAUCCAUGACUCGGUUGACUCGCUGCUCACUGAGGGUGCCGAGGUUGCCAAGCCGUCAACAGCCCUGCAGAUCCUCGCUGCCUACGCCGAGGACAGUAUGGAUGCUCUUAUUGCGUCGGACGAGUACAUCCAGGCCGUUGUGGCCACCCACCACCUCGUCGUCCUUCUUCCUCGUCUGGGCCCAUCCGCCCCUCCGGGACCAGCGACCAGGCUGUGGGCCAUCACCCGCAGGCUGAGCCCCGAGUCAGCUGCUGUACUGUCCGCAGCAGUGUCCCAUUCGCUUGCGGAGCUCCUCGGCAGGGUUUCAUGCCGGGUUCCCCCCGACACCCUCGUGGAUGUGGCUCUCGCUACCGACCUCGGCGCCUCGCCUACACCUGCCGCCGUCGCCGGCACACUACUCCCUGCCCCGGCUAUCAUGCUGUCGUUCCUCGAACGUCACACCUCACAGCCUCCUCACCCCACUUUGCCCGUCAUUGACCCCUUGGUGCCAUGCACAACCGAGGUUGAGGGACAGACGUGGCGCGACUCGGACUUUGAUGCUGCUGGUCGUUCCCGUGCGGCUCGAUACGCCGAGGCGGGUCUUUCCCUCCUGCGCGCAGACCGCAGUCUGGUGCAGACCCUCCCCUCACUCCUUCACGUCGCGCUCGGCGCCAUGCUCUUGGCCUCGGACGGUGCUGCCAUCCCUGGCGCGUCGCGUGGACUGUACACCCCACACACCCCUGCCGAGCACCUCGAGCAGGUCGUGCGUGAUGCUGAGGGUGCCCUUAGUUUCUCCCUCAGUCUUGUGGACGAGGCCCCCUUGUCAUGGCACAAGGCAGCCGUCGACCAGCUGCGCGCUGGCCAGCUGGCUGGAGAUGCCGACUACCUCCACCGUCUUCUCUUUGACCUCCGCUCCGAUGUGGUUGCCAAGACGAGCGACGUUGCCCCACGCGCGUUCCGCGAGGUGCUCGCACGUCACCUGCGCAAGUGCGGUGCGGGCGAGAAGGAGGGCGAGGUGUGGCUCAACUAUGCCAUGCAGAUGAGCGAGAAGCUGCCCGAGAUUGCGCUGGCCGCCAUUCUUGCCAUCAAGCCCUUCAUGCACGAGACCAAGGCGUUCGCGACUGCUCAGAACCGUCUGGCCAACGCGCUCACUGGCAUCUCAGUCAAGAAUGCCAACGAGAAGGGCCUUCCGGCCCUGCGUCUCCUCGUCGCCUCGGCUCCUCCUCCCGACUCGACCUCGCUGUUUAUCCCCCAGCAGCGUGCCGUCUUUGUUCUCCGCCACGUCGGCGGCUGGCUCACGUCAGACGACGAGGCGGCCGACGACCUUGACGAGGAGAUGGACGUGCGCGUCGCGGAGAUGUACACCGCGCUUGCGCCAAUCGUGCAGGACCUGGACGGCGCACACUGGGACGCCAUCUUUGACCUCAUUGACGGCGCCCUCGGUUCGACCUCGCUCGACGAGCCUGUGAGCUUCCCGCUCAUGUACGCUGGUCUGGAACUCUUGCGUGAGGUGCGCGACCUCUGUACCACCAACAAGGCCCUCCGCGCCGCUUGGACCAUGAAGGACGAGCACCUCAGUCUCGUGGUCAAGCUCUUCCUCCAGGCGCGUGACGCCGCCAGCGUCCCUCUCCAGCUCAUCCACUCGCUCAUCCUCGACCUCCUCGCCGACGCGAGCGAAAAGGUCAUGGCUGCGGCAGGCUAUGCCGAGUUGUGCGACCUGCUCUCGUUGUCGUCCAGUGCUGCCAUCCAGAGCACCGCCUACCGCCUCCUCUCACAGGUGGUCAAGGCGCGCACCACCGCUCUCGUCCUCGAGGUCGAGACUGCUGUGGCCACCGACGAGACUGGCGAGGUGCCGCAGCCGGAGAUCACGCUCCCCGCCGAGCUUGUCGCGAUUCUCGAGACUGGCCGCCACGUCGACUGGGAGCACCCAGAGCCCACCACAGAGGUUGUCAUGGGCCAGCUUUUGGCGUGGAUGGCGGUCAUGGACCACUUUGACGAUGCCUCGCGUGCGCUCCGCUGGGCGUACCUCGACCAGCUCAACACCUCGCGCCUCCUGGAGGAAGCUCUCCUGCCGUUCCUCUUUGCCAUGCUCGGCGUGUCCGAGGUGGGAGCAUGGAACUUCCCUGCGAGCAACUAUGCCGUGGACGAGUUCUACUGUGAUUUGCUCGAGCCCGAGGGUCUUGCCGACCUUGUCCCUCUCGGUUCACACCUCUUCUACCGCACGCUGGUCACCAUCCCCUCCGCCAUGCGGACAUACUACGAGUCUCUCAAAGACCGCCAGCUCUCCCUCUCCCUCGUGGCCUUUGUGUCGCGCCACUUCUCGCCCGUCAUCAUCGCCCACGAGUUUAGCGCCCUGCGCGAGCCUGGCGCCAUGGCCACUCUCACCGAGGAAGGACUCAACGUCCGUAUCGCGCAGGGAGGCGGCGCGACUGUCGCUGGCGCCGGUGCGGCCGAGGCGAUCGCGUCGUAUGUGGUCGACGAGCAGCCGAUGGAGAUUGGUAUUCGUCUCCCGGCCGAGUUCCCGCUCAAGGGCGUGGACGUGCGCGACCUGCGCAGGGUCGGCGUGCCGGAGAACAAGUGGAGGGGAUGGCUCAUGAGCGUCCAGCAGACUAUUACGAGCAGGAACGGCCUCAUCCUCGAAGCCCUCACAGUGUUCAAGAAGAACGUCGCACUGCACUUUGAAGGUGUGGUCGAGUGCGCCAUUUGCUACUCGAUCAUCAGCGUGACGGACCGCACGCUCCCCACAAAACCGUGCCGUACUUGCAAGAACAGGUUCCACGGCAGCUGUCUGUUCAAGCAGGCACUUGGGGGAGAUGGGGAGAAGGAAGACGAGUAG